AUGAAGCCAGAAGGACGUUUCUCAGAAUGCACAAUAAGUUUAGCAAAUAAACUAUGGACAGUAAAACAUUGCAGAUCCUUGGUUGCUAGGGGAAAAGCCGUAGACAAACUCGGAGGUUUUGCACCAAAGGCCGCAAAAAUGAUGAAAAUGAGAUACAGUUGUGCUGUAGAAAAAAGUAUGAUGAGCUGGUUGGAUCAAUGUCAGUGGGGUCACUCUUCUAUCGAGGAUGUCGGAGAGAACAUUUACAUGACGACAAAAACAAAGGAGAACAUGACGGUGUCUGCAAUAAAGGGUCUCGAUGAAUUUGGCACCAACACUUCUCAGAGCACUACCGCAUGGUUCGACGAAUUAAAAGACAAGGGUGUUGGACAGGCAAAUAUACUCACCGAUGAGGUCUUCGGUCGUGGCGUUGGCCAUUACACUCAGAUGGUUUGGCAAUCAAGCACCAAACUUGGAUGUGGAGUGAAAUGGUGUGACUCUAUGACGUUUGCAGGCUGUCAAUACGUGAAGCAAGGAAACUGGUUCGAUGAGGAAAUCUACGAGAAAGGAGAACCAUGCUCCAAGUGCAAGUGCAAGAAGUGCAAAUGUGAUGCGAAAGUUGGGCUUUGUUCAAUCCGCAAAUGA